UUCCUGUCAGGACGCACGCACGCUGUUCUCCUCCGGGGAGAGGAACGGGGACCCGGCAGGUUGCGGGACCGAGUCAGGAUGUGAUUUUGGAGAAAAGCUGCAGUUUUUCUCAAUGAUUGGACCUUUAAGAAAGACUCAUCGAAGGAAAAUCCAUAGAAAAACCAAAAAGUUUAGUUUCACUGAAAGGAGGGAAACUUUAGUUCGGAGAUGGAGCCAGAGGAGGGGAAGAUCUCGGUGUGGGUCUGCCGAGAAGAGAAGCUGGUCUCCGGACUGACGAAGCGCACCACCUGCGCUGAUGUGGUGCGGGUUCUGCUGGACGACCAGAACCUGCAGCAGGGCGCAGCAGCCGCGAUGCUGUCCGGAUCCCCGCAGUCCUACUGCGUGGUGGAGAAGUGGAGAGGCUUCGAGAGGAUGUUACCCAACAAGACCAAGAUCCUGCGGCUGUGGAGCGCCUGGGGGGACGAGCAGGAGAACGUCCGCUUCGUCCUGGUGAAGAGCGAAGCUUCGCUGCCCAACAACGGACCCCGCAGCGCCGAGGCGAAGGUGGUCCAGAGCCGGGAGAGCGGCGCCCCGGCCGGGCUGCUCAGGGGCCCCGCCAGGAGCUGCUGGGUGGCCGCGGCCGCUGCGGCCAACAUGUCCCAGGAGAGGCAGAGGAGGAUCGUCCGGAAGGCCUUCAGGAAGCUGGAUAAAAUGAACAGAAAGAAGGAGCAGACGUUGCCUAAGGGGAAGAACUCAGUGGAGAAGAUGGAGACGCUGGUCCACCUGGUGAUCUCACAGGAUCACACCAUCCGGCAGCAGGUCCACAGAAUCCAGGAGCUGGACCGAGAGAUCGAGCGAUACGAGGCCAAGGUGCACUUUGACCGCAUCAAGAGACACGGAGCGAACUAUGUGCAGGACACAUACCUGACGGACUCCUCCGCCGAGACCUCCGCUCCCGCCGCGGACGGGAAGCGCAAAGCGGUGCGCCAGGACGCGCGCUGCGCCGCGGAGGCGCUGGCGCAGUUCGAGGAGUACGCGCGCCGCUGCGAGGAGGUGCUGCGGCUGCAGGAGGAGGUGACGGAGCGGGAGGCGCUGCUGGAGAGCAUCACCGGGGAGAUCCAGGAGGAGCUGAACCGGCGAUGGAUGAGGCGGCGGCGGGAAAACGGCGCGGAGGCUGCGGCGCAGGACACCGACAGCACAGCGGAGGAGAUGAGCCUCUGUGAGGCGCCAGCUGUGGAGCCAGAUGUGGAGAGCCUGUCGGAGAACGAGCUCCUGCUGGAGGAGGAGAGAAUAAAAACCCAACUAGACACCAGUCUGUACAUAGGCUUGAGACUAAAGACGGACCUGGACGCGAUCAGGGGGGAUUUGGACCUGAGUCUGGCACUCUGGGAAACCAAAGAGAGCGAACUGCUGGACCUACUUGCCAAAGUUGAAAGCAUGGAGCUGGAGCAGGCGGAGAGCCAGCUGACGGAUGAUGGGAAGGAAGAGCCGGCUGCUGGCAGUGGGGAAACUGACCCGGGUUUAGGAGAACACAGCAUAGGCUGGGUGGAGCAGGCCAGAGGUUUGUCCAAAGCCUGCAGCAUCAACGAUGAGGACUCGGACACAGGUCUGAGCUCCAUGCACAGCCAGGACUCUGACAACCCUCCUGUGUGUGAAUCACUGGUGUAGACCUGCUUUAGUCUGAGCUUCUAAGGCUUUUAUGCAACUUCAUGCCACAAACUCAGGGGCAGAGAAAAAAAAAAUCAAUGUUUGCUUCCUGAAAUCCAAAAUUGCACCUCUGUGACACAGCAAUUCUGCAGCAAUAAUCUCUCUAUAGUCCCAGCAGACAGAGCAAGCUUAGGAAAGCAUGUGUAUUAGAGGCUGACCUCUGACCUCCAACAGGGGAGUCAAAGGAGCAUCAUUUAUUAGAAGAAGCAGCCUGGACACGUGUAAUAACAAAACACAGAGGUGCUGAGAUAAUCCUGGUCAGCUUGUGUUUGUUGGCUGGUUUAAGGAGCAAAAGCAGCAGGAUAAGUGUUCUGGUUGGAUCUGUAAUGGUGACGAAUAUCAGCUUCUAUCCGAGGGUCAGAAUCACUUCAACAGUCAGAAUGUUGGAAAACAAACAACACAAAUUCAA